AUGCAUCGGUUGAACCUUGCUCUAGGUGGAGCCGCAGAGUAUGCCCAAGGGGUCUGGGCCGCUCUGUGGCUCUGUUCCAUAGAGAAGCUGGAAAAGUAUGUUGUGGCCAUAGAACACGGACCGGACACCUUUGUUGUCACCUCGCUUUACACGACGGUUGUGGUGACAGAUAUUAUCAAGCCCUGGAUGACAGGCCGUGCUAGAAGAGAUGUUGAAUCAUCUGUUCCUGGAACUCCUGUUAGCGGUGCUGCGUCCCCUGCGAGCCCAUCAACACAGUGUUUUGAAAGGGACGGCGAGCGUUGCAUCAUAACGAAGGUUGGCGGUUGCUCAGAAAGCGCCCAUAUUUACCCUUACUCUCUCCAUGAAGGCUUUGGUCCUAAGUGUGCUAGAUUUUGGGACACGCUCUCCAUGUUGUGGCCACCCAGUACAAUUGAGGAAUGGAAAGCCGAUGUUUUCGGGGGCUCAAACACUGAACUCUGCUCCAAUAGGAUCACUCUCUCCGCAAACGCGCAUGUAUACUGGGGAAAAGGCCUCUUCGCCUUGAAACCUGUUUCUAUGAGCGAAGAUAAGAAGACUCUCCAGCUUGAAUUCCACUGGCUGCGUCAAGUGCCGCAAUCUUCUUCAACUGUACUCCUAAGCGAUAAACCAUCUUUCGAAGAGUCUCUGGAUGGCAGCGGUAAGAAUGCUCGUCUCCAGGAUUUUGAAAAGGGCGAGUUGAUUUCGUCUGGCCACAAGAUUUGGAUGAAGACAGACGACCCAAUUAAUCGUCCACUCCCAAGUGUGAAGUUACUGGGGCUGCAAUGGGCGCUUCAGAGGCUGGCAUCGCUUAGCGGUGCAGCAGCAGCCUUUGAUGUGUUAUUGGACAGUGAUGAUGAAGAAAACGAUGGCAUGGUCAGACUGUAUGAUUCUGAAGAAGAUUUCUGCUAG